AAAGUCACGGCAGUUGGGGCUGGUGUCAGCUGAUUUACUGCAGCGGCGGCGGCACCGGCACCUUGCAGUCUCAGUCGGGAGACGGCGGCCGGUAGCGCUUACCGCUCCAGAGGUUACCCCAGCCGGAUCUGCACACCCCGCAUCCUCGGUAGUUCCGCCCUAUCCUUGUCCUCCUUGGCUGGGGCGCCCACCGGCCGUCUGAUAGACUACAUCGCGGCAUGAGAUGAAGCUGUGACAGAUGUGGAAACUGAGACCUAGAGGGAUAACUUUGUCAAGAUCACAUGGAGGGGUUUGAAAACAUAAUGGCAGGAAACAGCCUUGUUCUGCCCAUUGUUCUUUGGGGUCGAAAAGCACCCACACAUUGCAUCUCUGCAGUACUUUUAACAGAUGAUGGGGCCACAGUCGUAACAGGAUGCCACGAUGGACAAAUAUGUCUCUGGGAUCUUUCAGUAGAAAUGGAAAUUAAUCCUCGAGCGCUGUUGUUUGGUCAUACAGCUUCAAUCACUUGUUUGUCUAAGGCUUGUGCUUCCAGUGACAAACAGUAUAUUGUGAGUGCAUCUGAAAGUGGAGAGAUGUGCCUCUGGGAUGUGAGUGAUGGCAGAUGUAUUGAAUUUACAAAAUUAGCUUGCACACAUACUGGCAUACAGUUCUACCAGUUCUCUGUUGGGAAUCAGCGAGAAGGAAGGCUUUUAUGCCAUGGACAUUACCCUGAAAUCCUUGUUGUGGAUGCUACCAGCCUUGAAGUAUUGUACUCCUUAGUAUCAAAGAUAUCACCAGACUGGAUUAGCUCCAUGAGUAUUAUUCGAUCCCACCGAACACAAGAGGACACUGUGGUAGCACUCUCGGUGACUGGCAUCUUGAAGGUAUGGAUUGUCACCUCGGAAAUAAGUGACACGCAGGAUACUGAACCAAUAUUUGAGGAGGAAUCCAAACCAAUUUAUUGUCAGAAUUGCCAAAGCAUCUCUUUUUGCGCAUUUACACAAAGGUCACUUUUGGUUGUGUGUUCCAAAUAUUGGAGGUGGCAGUUGCUAAUUUGUCCUCCUGUUACUCGGUUCUUCUACGGAUGCAGAGAAUAUUUCCAUAAACUAUUGAUUCAGGGUGAUUCUUCUGGAAGGUUGAAUAUUUGGAACAUAUCAGACAUAGCUGAUAAACAGGAAAGUGAAGAAGGGCUGGCAAUGACAACUUCUGUUAGUUUGCAAGAGGCAUUUGAUAAACUGAAUCCUUGUCCUGCUGGAAUCAUAGAUCAGCUGAGUGUGAUUCCCAGUAGUAAUGAACCUCUUAAAGUAACUGCAAGUGUGUACAUACCAGCACAUGGACGACUUGUUUGUGGCCGUGAAGAUGGAAGCAUAGUUAUUGUACCUGCCACACAGACUGCCAUAGUACAGCUGUUGCAAGGGGAACACAUGCUCAGAAGAGGUUGGCCACCUCACAGAACACUCCGUGGUCAUCGGAACAAAGUCACAUGUUUGCUAUAUCCUCAUCAGGUCUCAGCUCGUUAUGAUCAAAGAUACCUGAUAUCUGGAGGUGUGGAUUUUUCGGUCAUAAUUUGGGAUAUAUUUUCUGGAGAAAUGAAACAUAUCUUCUGUGUUCAUGGUGGUGAGAUUACUCAACUUCUAGUUCCACCUGAAAACUGUAGUGCAAGAGUACAGCACUGCAUUUGCUCUGUAGCCAGUGACCACUCAGUAGGACUUCUAAGUUUGCGAGAAAAAAAAUGCAUAAUGUUGGCAUCUCGUCACCUUUUUCCUAUUCAAGUAAUCAAAUGGAGGCCUUCUGAUGAUUACCUGGUAGUGGGGUGUUCAGAUGGCUCUGUGUACGUCUGGCAGAUGGAUACUGGUGCAUUGGAUCGUUGUGUGAUGGGGAUAACAGCAGUUGAAAUUCUAAACGCUUGUGAUGAAGCUGUUCCUGCUGCUGUUGAUUCACUUAGUCAUCCAGCAGUCAACCUGAAACAAGCUAUGACAAGACGUAGUCUUGCUGCUCUUAAAAAUAUGGCCCAUCAUAAGCUACAAACCCUUGCAACCAACCUGUUGGCGUCUGAGGCAUCUGACAAGGGAAAUUUACCUAAAUAUUCUCAUAAUUCCCUGAUGGUUCAAGCAAUAAAGACAAACCUAACAGACCCGGACAUACAUGUGCUUUUCUUUGAUGUGGAAGCGUUGAUUAUUCAACUCCUGACUGAAGAAGCCUCUAGGCCGAAUACUGCGCUUAUUUCCCCAGAGAAUUUGCAAAAAGCAUCUGGCAGUUCAGACAAAGGGGGCUCUUUUCUAACUGGAAAACGAGCAGCGGUUCUCUUCCAACAAGUGAAAGAAACGAUCAAAGAGAACAUCAAGGAACACCUCCUUGAUGAUGAAGAGGAGGAUGAGGAGAUAAUGAGGCAGAGAAGGGAAGAAAGUGAUCCUGAAUAUCGGUCCAGCAAAUCGAAGCCAUUGACCCUAUUAGAAUAUAAUUUAACUAUGGACACUGCAAAGCUGUUCAUGUCCUGCCUCCAUGCCUGGGGUUUGAAUGAAGUACUGGAUGAAGUUUGUUUGGAUCGCCUUGGAAUGUUGAAACCCCACUGCACAGUAUCAUUUGGUCUCUUGUCAAGAGGAGGCCAUAUGUCACUGAUGCUGCCUGGUUAUAAUCAGCCUGCUUGUAAAUUGUCACGCGGGAAAAUGGAAGUAGGAAGGAAGGUGCCAGUGACUGAGGGAGUAGGAAAGGGAACUUACGGAGUGUCCCGAGCCGUCACCACACAGCAUCUCCUGUCUAUCAUUUCUUUGGCAAAUACUUUAAUGAGUAUGACCAAUGCAACUUUUAUUGGUGAUCAUAUGAAGAAGGGUCCUACCAGGCCACCUAGACCAAGCACCCCAGACCUUUCUAAGGCAAGGGGUUCCCCUCCAGCUUCCAGUAAUAUUGUGCAAGGACAGAUUAAACAAGUUGCUGCACCUGUCGUUUCCGCUCGGUCUGAUGCUGAUCACUCUGGCUCUGACCCUGCUUCUGCUCCUGCUUUACAUACCUGUUUCUUAGUAAAUGAAGGUUGGAGUCAGUUAGCUGCUAUGCACUGUGUUAUGCUGCCAGACCUAUUGGGAUUGGAUAAAUUUAGGCCUCCCCUUCUGGAGAUGCUGGCCCGAAGAUGGCAAGAUCGAUGCUUGGAGGUGAGAGAAGCCGCACAGGCCCUGCUUCUAGCAGAACUGAGAAGAAUUGAGCAGGCAGGCAGGAAGGAAGCCAUCGAUGCCUGGGCUCCUUACCUACCUCAGUACAUAGACCACGUCAUAUCACGUAAGAGUGCUCAUGUUUCUUUCCAAAGCUUUGCAGGCAUAUGUAGAAAAAGUACCUAUACUCACAAACAUAUUGCUACUACCCAUCAACAAAAGUGAGUCUUUAAUCUUAAAGUGAAAAGAACAGAUACUCAAAUUCUGCUUUAUUAUUUUCUGAAUCUCCGUAGUUUGUAAUUUGCUUUAAAAAACAAAAGGCAAUGGUUGUCUAUAUCAAAAUAUUCAUUAAUGAACUGACUUCUUAUAAAAUUCCCCAUCAAAUAUCCGAUUCUAAUACUAACAUGUGCCUCUGCCCAUUGCAUUAUUAUGCUUUUGGAUGCCAGCUUGUUAGAUACUGAUCUGCUGAUACGUUAGUUCAGAUACAAGGCAGAUCCUCUUGGUAGUUGACAUUGGAAUUGUGAAUCCUUAAAAAACAAAGAUCUGGUAGAGUUAGACUCAUGGACUAUUUAGCAAGCGAAAAUUGGGAAGGAUUUUAAUGGAUAGAUCUCUUAGAGUAUAAUUUGAAAGGGUUAGAAAAACUGUUGAAAUGUUUUGAAUAUUCUUUUGCAAAAUAAAACCUUUAUAAUUAUGUUACGUUGAAUGCACAUUAGAAAAAAGUUGUAUUUUGCUAUCAUUUUUUUCUUCCCAGAGAGCGUACUCAUUUCCAGUUCAUUUGGUUUGUUUUGUAUUUUUCUAAAAAAAAUUUAGUUACUAAAGAAAUUUUUGAAGGUCUCUCACUUAUUAAGUGACUAAAUUAUAUUCAUUAUAAAUUAGUUUCAAUUUUGAAAGAUAAAGUCUUAAUGAAAGUUAAUAAAAAAACUCUUUAUUAUGAAAAUUUGGCCUGGGUUUUAAGUGGACUCAUUUUAAAUGACCCUUUACCAAUACCAGUUAUUCUUGGUAAUGAAGUACUCAUUCCAUAUAUCCAGAUGGACAGUACAUUAUUGUACAAGAGGGAAAAUGAAAACAAAAUUCAGAAAGAUUUAUAACUGUUACAGCUGGUUUAACUACCGUAUCUUUGCCAAUGGUGACUAUAGGGGAUGUUUAAUCAAGCUUGUGACCUUGGGCACUUUUUUUAAGCUUUCUUAGUCUCAGUUUUAUCGCAGCUGAAAUAAAGAUGAUGAUAAUGGGACUUUAUAGGAUUAUUAUGUGUGUAGCAUGAGUUAAUCUUUAAGUCCAUAGAACAAUUCCUAGCCCAUAGUAAGCAUGAUUCAUUUGUUGAAUACUUGAUAACCUAUAAAAAUGCAAAAAUAUAUUUCACAUAUAACCAAAAUAUCACAUAUUAACAGCUCCAGUUAAAAUUCUUAAUUGUUUGAGCAAUAAAAUAUUUACUCAGUGAAUGUAGGUUGUCAUUUGCUUACUGGGAAUUUUUUCUAUUUUAAUAGAACAAAUUAAGUUUAAAAAAAAACAGGACACCUAGACAUACGAGCUCUAUGUAAGGUGUUAGGCUUAAGAUUCUUUUAAAAAUAUGUGUAGAUUUUAAAAUUUCCAGAAUAUUUAAAAAAAAAAAAAAAAAAAAAAAAAAAAAAAAAAAAAAAAAAAAAAA